AUGUCUGAACGCUAUAUCCCCGAGCAUCGGCGUAACGCUUUCAAGGCGAGGGGAACCUUCAAGCAGGAUGAGCUGCGCCGACGCCGUGAGGACCAGCAGGUCGAGAUUCGUCGAAGCAAGAAGGAAGAGUCCCUCGCGAAGAGAAGAGGCAUAUCCGUCCCGGGCAGCGCUCCGGGUGCCGCUCUAGGUGCUGCACCUGACAGCGAUGACGAUGGGAAUAUCGAGACUCAGCUCGAUGAGGAACUCCCUAUCAUGGUGAAGGGCGUCUUUUCCGACCAGAUCGACGAACAGAUUGCCGCCACCACCAAAUUCCGCAAGCUCUUGUCCAAAGAGAGAAAUCCUCCCAUCGAACGAGUGAUCGAGACUGGCGUCGUCAGCCGCUUCGUCGAGUUCCUUCGCUCGCCCCAUACCCUCGUGCAGUUCGAGGCCGCCUGGGCGCUUACCAAUAUUGCAUCCGGUUCGGCUCAACAGACGCAAGUGGUCAUCGGCGCUGGUGCCGUCCCCAUCUUCGUCGAGUUGCUCAGCAGCCAUGAGCCUGAUGUCCGAGAACAGGCCGUGUGGGCCUUGGGCAACAUUGCUGGAGACAGCCCGCAUUGCCGAGACUUUGUGCUUCAGCAGGGCGCGUUACGCCCGCUGUUGGCCCUCCUCGGUGACAGCCGGAAGCUGAGCAUGCUUCGUAACGCUACGUGGACUUUGAGCAACUUCUGCCGUGGCAAAACUCCCCAGCCGGAUUGGCAAACGAUUGCUCCGGCUCUUCCGGUCCUUGCCAAGCUCAUAUAUUCGCUCGACGAUGAGGUCCUCAUCGAUGCAUGCUGGGCCAUCUCGUACCUGUCCGACGGAUCCAACGAUAAGAUCCAGGCCGUCAUCGAUGCUGGUAUCCCCAGGCGCCUUGUGGAGCUCCUGAUGCAUGCGUCCACCUCCGUGCAAACGCCUGCCCUUCGAUCCGUGGGCAACAUCGUCACCGGAGAUGACGUGCAAACCCAAGUCAUCAUCAACUCCGGGGCGCUUCCCGCGCUAUUGUCGCUGCUCAGCUCGAGCAAAGAUGGGAUCCGAAAGGAGGCGUGCUGGACGAUUUCCAACGUCACGGCGGGCAAUUCCCAGCAGAUCCAGUCCGUGAUCGACGCGAACAUCGUCGGUCCGCUCAUCCACCUGCUUCAGAACGGUGACUUCAAAACCCGGAAGGAAGCUUGCUGGGCCAUCUCGAACGCCACGUCCGGUGGGCUACAGAAACCCGACCAGAUCCGAUAUCUGGUGCAAUGCGGCUGCAUCAAACCGCUCUGCGAUCUUCUGUCGUGCCCGGACAACAAGAUCAUCCAGGUCGCCCUCGACGGACUCGAGAACAUCCUCAAGGUCGGCGAACACGACAAGGAAGCCGCCGCCGAAACCGGUGAGCCGAUCAACCGCUACGCUCUAUUCAUCGAAGAGGUCGGAGGCAUGGAGAAGGUCCACGACUGCCAAAACAACGCCAACGAGGAGAUUUACAUGAAGGCCUACAACAUCAUCGAGAAGUACUUCUCCGAUGACGAGGAGGUCGCGAACGAGAUGGGCGAUCUCGCGCCGCAACAAGGCCAAGAUGGGACCUUCGGAUUCGGUGCGCAAUCGCAAGCUCCGCAGCAGGGUUUCAGCUUUGCGAACGGAGGCGACUCGAUGGACAUGUAA